UCUUAAACCAGACGGUGGGAUUCGAAGAACACAAAGCAAAAAGCACAAUGUUUCCAAAGCAUCUGGUAAAAACAAAGUCCAAACACUUCCACCUUAUGGCAGUGGUUAGAUUGUUCUUGUUGGCCUAUCUAUUUAUUCAAAACACCAACCCUUAAACUCUCUAACCUACCAUUGCCAAAAGAAAAGGCAAAACUCAUUUAAGAAAAAGGUAGGACAGAAAAAGAAACACCAACACCUGACUCUUAGUACUUUUGAUGAGUAAUAUAGAGUCCAUUUUGGUGAGAACUGAGAAGCCACCCAACUCCUCCCUCAUUUCCUCCCCCUCUCCCUCUAGUGGCAAGCUUCCAAAGGAACAACUCCAAAUGGAAGUUUCAUGCAAGAUUCUCAGAAGAUCAACUCACAGUUUUCUCCGAAACUAUCAUUACUUCACCUCAACAGCAGCUUUUCUAGCAUUUCCUUUCUCAGCUUCUAUACUCCUCUCUCAGGCUGUAGUCCCAACCCCUUCAUCUCUCUUGCCUCAAAUCUACACUCGCCUAAGGAUUCUCUUUGAUGCUGCUGGCUUCCCUUCAUCUUCACAGUUUUUUACCAUUCUCAACCUCAAGGUUUCUCAAACAAUCACUUCUUCAAUCUUUACCCUUCCUUUCACCCUCACCUUUCUCCUCGUUGCAAAAGCAUUCAUAAUCCAGGCUCUCAAUCACAACAAACCAACUUUGCAGCCUUCCUUCAGUUCAGUUCUAUCCCUUUACAAGCCCCUCCUCCAUACCUACUUCUGCAACUGUUUCUUGAUUCUCUCAGCAAAUGCAACUACUUUUGGUCUCAUGUUUUUGGCCUUCAGCUUCGUUGAAAGAUUUGGCUACUCUUCCCCCGGUAACCUCAUCCUCUUCAUGUCAGUAGCUGGAGCAGUUCUCUUUUCUGUGAUUCUGGCCAAUGCUCUUGUCAUAUGCAACAUGGCACUGGCUCUAUCUGGCAUGGAGGGACAUGGUGGGUACUUUGCAAUUCUUAAAGCUUGUCUUCUCUUAAGGGGAAGGACAUCAAUGGCUUUGUUCCUGGCACUUCCUGUCAAUGUGGCACUGGCAGCCAUUGAGGCCUUGUUCCAAUUCCGGAUUGUAAGGCCCUAUCAUAUUGCUGGAAUGGCAGGGCCUUGUGUGGCUUUGGAGGGGAUUUUCAUUGCUUACCUCUACUCAAUCUUCAUCAUCCUUGACACAAUUGUGAGUUGCAUAUUCUACAAAAGCCUUAAGACAGGAUCGUGGAUCCAUCAGGAGGACAAAUAUUUGUUCAGGAUUGAAUUCCCAGAUGAGGACCAGUACGGUUACACGAGCACCAAGGAACUACCUUAAGUAGCAUAUGGUGGCAAGUUAUUAAUUUGGUUAAGGUUUUUCUUCGCAUUUCAUGAGGGAGAAGGAUCGACCAGUUAUUUUAAACUGAGUACAGAAGGAAUUUAGAAUUCAUUGAUGUUGCUUGAAGGAAAUCAAGCAACUUUGAAGACAUAAAGAUUUUCAAUUGAGCGACCUCAGCUCAACCAUGUGCAAAGCCAAAGAAGUUAGAUUCUCAGACACCAUUUGAUAUAAAUGAAAUGCAAUUAUGUUAUAUUCUCAUACUCUAUCUUUUGUUUUAAUCUCUUUUACAUUGUAGAUUAGCAACUAGCAAUCUUUUACAGUGUGAAUAAUACAAAUGCCUCCCUUUGCCUU